AUGGUGCUGACAACAGCCGGGACGCCUUAUCCCUAGCGGCCAUUUCAGGCUUUCUCCGUAGCGCCGCCAUUAGUGGGAGCGGAGAGGCGGUGCCAGGUUCCAUAGGAGGCGUGGCACAGAGCCGGGGGAACCGCCAUUAUCCGCCUUUCCUUCUGCAGCUGCCCGCCAUUGUUUUUAGCUAGUUAUGUUGGCCGAGGAGGAUAUGAAAGACGAAACCACGAUGGAGGCCUCCGUCAGCGAGGCUGAGGGCGUCGCACCCAGCGAAGGCAACAAGAUUAACGCCAGCAAAGCCGAGGAUGACGAGGGACCUUUGUUUACAUUUCUCUGGGACACUACAAAGAAAGAUCUAAAGGAUUACUUUUCAAAAUUUGGAGAAGUUGUAGACUGCACUUUGAAAUUAGAUCCAAUCACCGGCCGCUCCAGAGGCUUUGGUUUUGUAUUGUUCAAAGAGUCUGAAGGUGUAGACAAGGUUAUGGAACAAAAAGAGCACAAACUGAACGGCAAAGUCAUCGAUCCAAAAAGGGCAAAGGCAAUGAAGACAAAAGAACCAGUGAAGAAGAUAUUUGUGGGCGGUUUAUCACCAGACACACCAGAAGAUAAAAUAAGGGAAUACUUCGGGACGUUUGGGGAGGUUGAAGCAAUUGAACUCCCCAUGGACAACAAGACUAACAAAAGGCGAGGUUUCUGCUUCAUCACAUUUGACGAAGAAGAGCCCGUGAAAAAAAUAAUGGAAAAGAAAUACCAUAAUGUUGGCUUAAGUAAAUGUGAAAUUAAAGUAGCACUUUCAAAGGAACAGUAUCAACAGCAACAACAAUGGGGAUCAAGAGGCGGAGGGUCUUCAACAAGAUCCCGAGGAAGAGGAGCCUCAAACCAAAACUGGAACCAGGGAUAUAGUAAUUACUGGAAUCCAAGCUACAGUAGUUAUGGAUACAACAACCAGGGCUAUGGAGGGUAUGGAAACUAUGACUACACUGGAUAUAACUACUAUGGCUAUGGAGAUUACAGUAAUCAGCAGAGUGGUUAUGGGAAAACAGCCAGACGAGGUGGUCAUCAAAAUAGUUACAAACCAUACUAAAUUAUUCCCUUUCCAACGUGUCACAAACAGCGGGGAAUUCAUUGCAGGCCCUGUGUCGCGCUGACUUCACGAUUCUCACAGGCCCGCUCAAUGCGGACAGGGUACGAGAUGCUCACGCUCUCGAAUGCUGCCGUUUGGUAUGGUCUCUUCCAACAUCCUGUAUCAGCAUUAUAAUAUAAACUGGAUACUCCAAGCUAUGCUUUCACUUAUUCCUUUGCGUUAAAAAUUAAAUACAAAGUUACUUGUAAAUUUUAAUAAAUUUUUUACAGGCCCCGUAAUCAUUAGAUUAUGUGAACUUUACUGAAUAAUUUUAACUAUUUAUUCUUUUAUGGAUACAGCUUGUCUCUGGAUUGUAAUAUUUUUUCCUUCAUAGUAUUAAUCUAUUUAAAUGCCUGCUUUUCCCUUUUUUUUUAUAAAAGUAGCUGUAAUUACAGUUUUAUGUUCUUGGGCUGAAUUCCUGUUGUGUAUCAGUAUUUCAUGUUUUUCAAUAGAA